AUGCGGGGUCAUGCGAGGUUUGGGCAGAGCAGGAAGCUGAAGUCGCGCUACAUCGGACCUUAUCCCGUGAUCGGGAGAGUGGGAGUUGUUGCAUACCGUCUUGGAUUGCCGCCAAAGUUAGGCAAUAUCCAUGACGUGUUCCACGUGUCGAUGCUGCGGAGGUACGUAGCAGAUCUUUCUCACGUGCUACAGCCACAGGAGUUGGAGUUUACGGAGGCUACACAUUUUCGAGACGAGCCGCUGCAGAUCGUGGAUCAGAAGAUCAAGAAGUUGCGGACGAAAGAGGUGCCACUUCUGAAGGUCAUGUGGCAGAGCCAAGGGACUUAUGCUUCGGAUGACAUGACGAUAUGA